GGCUCCAUAUUCUUUCACCUACCCCCCGUCAAAUCACAGGAAGGAGGGGCCAGACCCUAAGCUGCCAAUCAAAUCCGCUCGUGGCAGCCGGCAUUAUCUCAGCAACAAACUAUUGACAGAUUACAUGUCAAGGAGUUUAGUGCAUGAUUGAAGGAAGCCUUUUUUUUAUCAAGUUACUUUUCCGCUUUAUUUCCCCCUCCACCAACCAACAUUCGAAUGACUUUCUAACAGAGUUGAGUAAUAUUAUGAAAGUUACAUGUCUGAGAGGAUUUAACUUCGACUUCCCUGAAUAUGCUGAAAGGAGUUUAUGCACUGAAACGAUCUCAGGAAAAUCCAAGAUGGCCGCCAAAAGGAAAGGUGGCCUAAAACUCAAUGCUAUCUGUGCCAAGCUGAGCCGCCAGGUGGUAGUCGACAGCAGCUCCCAGAAUGCAGAGGGAGACCAGAGUGUAGCGGAAAACAGCGAGCGCGGUAGUUCCCACUACGAUGACAAUGAGACCAUCUUCCCCGAGAGCCUGAACCUCAGUCAGAGCCUCGAGGAGGACCAGAAGAGACGUGAGGCCAUCGAGAAGUGGGUCAACGGCGAGUACGGCGAAGAGCCACCGGCUCCUGACGAUGAGAAGGAGCAUGGACUCAAAGUCAAAAAUGACACAGAUUGCCCUCCUGAGGGCGUGUACAUGGUACAGCCCACAGGCUGCAGCGAUGACGAAGACCAUGCAGAGGAGGCCGAGCCCGCGGCAGGCUCACAGGAUGGCAGUUACCAUAACAACAAAGAACCUGAAGACAGGCCUUCUAAGGACAACACCUACAAGCCACCAAGCGAGGCCCCGAGUCGCCAAGCACCUUUCUCUCAUACAGGAGAAGCAUCUGCCCUGCGAGACUAUGCAGCCAACACCAUGAAUGAAUUUUUAGGAAUGUUUGGUUACAAUGACCAGCAGGUAAGGGAUGAGCUGACCAAGAAGAUCAGCUUUGAGAAGCUCAAAGCCGCUACCUCAGACCCCUCAUCCCUCAGCAGUGAGGAGGCCUCACGGCGUGCCCGCUUCUCCAAGUACGAAGAGUACAUUCGUAAGCUAAAAGCCGGCGAUGCCCUACCUUGGCCCAUGCAUGCUUCCCCACCAAAACCAGACGACCUCAACCACAAACUGGCCCAAGACAAGAGCGCGACCAUGCUCCAGACCUCUGGAUGCCUCCAAGGGGCCGAGGCACAGAUCUACCCCCCCAGCCUGGACCACAAACAGCCAGGAGGACCUCAGCUAGGCACUUCUCAGCCACCAAAUCCCUCUCACAUCCAGAACAUGGCAUCCCGAGCCUCCAAGUAUGACUUCUUUAUUCAGAAGCUGAAGAUGGGUGAGAGUCUACAGCAGCAGAACGGUAAUACUUACAAGCGACCCUCCAAGUACGACCUAGAGAACGUCAAGUUUCUGCACCUCUUCAAGCCUGGUGAGGGCAACCCUGACAUGGGCGGUGCCAUCGCUUUUAAGACUUGCAAAGUGGGCCGCCCUUCGAAGUAUGACAUCAGAACAAUUCAGAAGCUAAUGCCAGGAAAUCCAGAGGCCUCACUGAUGCCCAAUGUCCUCGCUACAGCACCAGGGAACCUGGGAGCUCCUGGAGUUCCCAACGUGGGCGCAGCCGGGGCCAGCAUCGCCCCAGGACUCACAAUGGACCAGACAGGAAACUUAAGCUUCAACGCUGCUGACUACCUGAAGUCCAGCUUUUCCAAGACUGACUCCAUCACCACGGGCACUGUGUCCUCCGUGAAGAAUGGCCUGCCACCAGAUAAACCCGCGAGUGACGACAUCAACCUCUACCAGAAAUAUAUUGCCAGAGACAAAAACAUCAGGGGAGGGGAGGUAUCUUGCGUUUCAAUGGACACAGAACAAUGUCCCCCAUUCUGGAUUCAUUUUCAGCCGACAGUAGAAAGGUUCUCUGGAAGUCAACACUGUGGACACGUGCACUGUGCCUACCAGUACAGAGAGCAUUACCACUGCAUGGACCCUGAGUGUAACUACCAGGUGAGCAGGUUUACCAGUAAGCAGGAUGUAAUCAGGCACUACAACAUGCACAAGAAGAGGGACAACUCUCUGCAGCAUGGCUUCAUGCGCUUCAGCCCUCUGGACGACUGCAGUGUCUACUACCAUGGCUGCCACCUCAAUGGAAAAAGCACCCAUUACCACUGCAUGCAGGUGGGCUGCAGCAAGGUGUACACCAGCACCUCAGAUGUCAUGACCCAUGAAAACUUCCAUAAAAAGAAUGCACAGCUGAUCAACGAUGGCUUCCAGAGAUUCCGUGCCACUGAGGACUGUGGCACAGUCAGGUGUCAAUUCUACGGGCAGAAGACUACACACUUCCACUGCAGGCGCCCAGGAUGCACAUUCACCUUCAAGAACAAGUGUGACAUUGAGAAGCACAAGAGCUACCACAUCAAGGAUGAUGCCUAUGCCAAAGAUGGCUUCAAGAAGUUCUAUAAGUAUGAGGAGUGCAAGUACGAGGGCUGCGUGUACAGCAAAGCCACCAACCACUUCCAUUGCAUACGCUCAGGCUGCGGCUUCACUUUUACCUCCACUAGCCAGAUGACCUCUCACAAGCGCAAACACGAGCGCCGGCACAUCCGCUCCUCCGGUGUCAUGGGCCUGUCUUCCGCCUACCUGGUGCCAAAGGAUGAGCCAGAUGAAUCGAGCAACGAUGACCUGAUGGACUUCUCGACCAUUAGCAGCAAGAACUCCAGCCUGAGUGCCUCGCCUACAACCCAGCAGUCCACCACUAUAUCGCACCUGUUGGCCACGCCCACCACUGUUGUCUCCGCCUCCUCUAUUUCGGGCCACUCCCUCAAACCCACAUCCUCGCUGCCCUGUGUGGGUAUGUCCAACCUGCUGUCCCAGGCCCUUCCCAGCAACAUGCCGGUGGCCCUUGCUCUUUCCAACAGCGGCAUGGCCGCCUCCAACCCGUUCUUCCCCCUCAUACCCAGGAUGUCUCUCCAACCUCCUCUGCAAGCCGCUAGCCUGAUAUCAGCUGUAACUUCUGGGGCCCACUCCAUGCCCACCGACUCACUGACCCAGGGUUACUCCACAGUGGGUGCAGACGGAGCCAUGGCCUCUACCCCAACAUCCUUCACCACCUCCUCCAUCAUGGAGAAGAUCUCGGCAAGCAAAGGUCUGAUAUCACCUAUGAUGGCCAGACUGGCAGCUGCUGCCCUGAAGCCCUCCAACAACCCAGGCAUAGGGAAUGGGCAGUCGGCUUUAGCGAGCCAGUUCAAUCUGGUUCAAGUGAAGCAGGAGCCAAUGGACAUCAACUCUGGGGCCUCCCAAGACUCAACGCAGGAGCACAGCCUGGACCUGAGCAAGAAAGACCACAGUAAUGAAUCAAACGGACACCCUGUACCCGGGAAUACAUCUCUUUUAUCCUCGCUUAUGAAUAAGAUGUCACACGUGAACCCUGCACUGUUCAACGCCAUGAACCUGACGACAGAGCUGGAGGCAGGCCAGGGCGGCAACACCUCGGAGGCAGCACAGUAUCUGAACAGAGUGCUGAAGAGGCCCCUGCCAGAAAAACAGACUGAGAUCUGGAGUACAUACCUCCGCAGGUUUGACACAGAUGACUACUGUGAGUCCCAGUGUGACUUCCUUCAGAAAGUGCACUUUCACUGCGUGGUAGAGGACUGUGGUGCACUCUUCAGUACCGUGGAUGGGGCCAUAAAACAUGCUAACUUCCACCUCCGGGCCACGUUGAAAGUGAAGUCGGAGCCUUAUUUCAGUGAGGGCAAGGACUCCAGUGAGGGUGCCUCGCUGCAGCCUGCUGCCCCCGUCUCUAUGGCCAACAAUCCCUCCAUGGAUGUGGCACACCUCACCUCCUCUGGUGGAUACGGCUCUCCUCCUCCCUCCCUGCUGGCCUGGAAGCAGCUGACCGGCAGCAUCCCUCAGAUGUCGGCCUCGAUGCCCAACCUGCCAGCCAACUCUCCGCUGGCCACCACCUCUCUGGAGAAUGCUAAACCACAAGUCAAACCGGGUUUCCUGCAGUUCCAGGAAAAUGAUCCCUGUUUGGCUACUGACUGUAAAUACUCCAACAAGUUCCACUUCCACUGCUUGUUUGGGAAUUGCAAGUAUGUGUGCAAGACGUCCGGCAAGGCCGAGUCCCACUGUUUGGACCACAUCAACCCCAACAACAACCUGGUGAACGUCCGUGACCAGUUUGCCUACUACUCUCUCCAGUGUCUCUGCCCCAACCAGCACUGCGAGUUCAGAAUGAGGGGCCACUAUCACUGUCUGCGGCCUGGCUGCUUCUUUGUCACUAACAUUACCACCAAGCUGCCAUGGCACGUCAAGAAGCACGAGAAGGCGGAGCGUCGUGCCGCCAAUGGCUUCAAAUAUUUCACCAAGAGGGAGGUGUGUGGGAGGCUGGGUUGUAAGUAUAACCAAGUCAACAGCCACUUCCACUGCAUCCGCGAUGGUUGCCAGUUCUCCUUCCUGCUCAAACACCAGAUGACUUCGCACGCACGCAAACACAUGAGGCGGAUGCUGGGGAAAAACUUUGACAGAGUCCCGUCCCAGGGGAUGCCACUCAGUCAGAGGGGAGAUGGAUCCGGCAUGAUCCAUCCUGGUAUGAACUCCAGCUUCAUGGAUGAGACUGAUGAUUACAUGGACUACAUGGGAGGGGGGGGCAGCCCCUUGGGCCUCUCCUCCGAGUCCUCCAACCAGGACCGGAGCGGCACCAGCACACCUGUAGCCAACGAUGGCUCUCCAGCAGGACAAGGCUGGCCCGGCACCACUUCUGCUCCUAGCACCCCUGCUGACACUAGCGCUACCCACAAUGCACCUCCUUAUUCCCCUCCUCCUCCGCCACCUCCUCUCUGCUCCACUCCUCAGCCUGGCCUCCAGUCCCAGACCCCAUCCCUCUCUCCUGCUCUCCUCCGACCUCCUCUCUCCUCACUCCCAUACCUCCUCUCUCCAUCCUGUCUGUCAUACUCUCUGCUCAGCGCCUCUCUGGGAGCCACUCGGAGUGUUGUCAUGCCAACCAACACACCAGCUUUCAGCUCCAUCAUUGCCACUCCGUCUCCGGUUAAAAAUGACGUCCCUAUAGUGCAGGAUGCUGCAGGCAACACCAUCUCCAUUCCCACGGCCACUGGUGCGAAGAAGCGCUUCUGGAUCAUCGAGGACAUGUCACCGUUCGGCAAGCGGCGCAAGACCGCAUCGUCACGUAAGAUGCUGGAUGAGGGGAUGAUGCUGGAGGGCUUCCGGCGCUAUGACCUCUACGAGAACUGCAAGGAUCCGGGAUGCCAGUUUUCUCUGAAGGUGACCCAUUACCACUGCACGCGUGAGAACUGUGGCUACAAGUUCUGCGGCCGCACCCACAUGUACAAGCACGCGCAGCACCACGACCGCGUGGACAACCUGGUCCUGGACGACUUCAAGCGCUUCAAAUCUUCACUCAGCUGCAACUUCCCCGACUGCCAGUUUUCAGGCAACAGCACCCACUUCCACUGUCUGCGCUGCGGCUUCCGCUGCACCGACAGCACCAAGGUGACGGCGCACCGCAAGCACCACGGCAAACAAGAUGUGAUCAGCGCCGCCGGCUUCUGCCAGUUCAGCUCCAGCGUCGAUUGCGAGGUUCCCGACUGCAAAUAUAAGCUCAAGUGCUCGCACUUCCACUGCACGUUCCCAGAGUGUAAGCACACGGUGGUGGGAAUGUCCCAGAUGGACUCCCACAAGAGGAAGCACGAGAAACAGGAGCGGGGCGAUCUGCCGUCUGUGUCGCCCAAACAGGAAGGGGUGCACCACCUGGGAGGAAGUGUGUCUGCGGUCCCUCCAGCCUCCAUGGGUCUUUCCACUUCCUCACCGAGUGACUUCCACGGCUUGUCCCGCAGCAUUAACAGCAGCGCUCCCUCCAUGCUCUACCCAACAGGCGGCAUCGGGUCCGAGUACAACCACCUGUACGCGCCAUCUUCCAUCAGCCUGGACGGCUCCCUCAACCUGGGCACCGACACCAGCAGCUGCCUGUUCUUCCUGAAGAAUGCAGCCGGUCUGGGUCUCAGCGACUCACUGGACCUCAGCACCAGAAUGCACCACGAUGUAGCGCGAUCUAGCAACAACCAGGCACCGCCGUUUGGUCUGCCGGCAGCUCAGGACGACACCACAGGAACAUCCGGAGAGGCUGAAGAUGACCUGUCGCCAGAGGAGGAGGCGCACGCAGACGAGGAGGAAGAUGAGGAGGAGGAGGAGGAAGAGGAGGAGGCAGGGCUCAACACUGACUCGAAUGACGAUUCGAUGGCGGAGCCUGACGGUGAAAAGGACAAUGGCGAGAGUUUUGAUGCUUCCGUUAACCACACUGAUACUUCCCGACUGGAAAAGCAAGACGUUGAUCCAUGAAAAAAAAAAAAAACUACUAGUGACUGUAGGAACUGAAGAAAUACUCUGUGUACUCCGUGUACUCCGUGUACUCUGUGUACUCCGUGUACUCUGUGUACUCCGUGUACUCCGUGUACUAUGAACAAACAAAAAUGAAAGUGGCCUCAUUUAUCAUGUUUAGAGACUUCAGAUGACAUCAAAAAACAACAACAGCGUGGAGAAAAAUGAUGGCCCAAAAUGAUUUAUUAUGAUGUUUACAAGAUGACCAACAUUAUUAAUUCAAUUAUGCAUUAAAAAAUAUGAACGGAGACACACAGAAUUAGGCCCUGGUUUACACACGGGGCAGCAAUGUAAAGCAUUUUACUACACAUCAGUCUUUUUGUGUGCGUGCAUGUUUGACUUUAAUUUAUUUGAAUUUUUUUCACUUUUUUGUGUGUGGUUAAAAAAAGAAAAUGUUCGAAAAACAAAAACAAAUCUCUCUAUAUAACUAUAUAUGUAAGUGUGUGUGUGUGAACGAUGAUAUACAAAAGGAAAUUGCUGGCACAGGCGACAUGAACUGCAGGGCCGUGGAGACAGACAAAGGGACGUGAAUCACUAAGGGGAAACAGGAUGCGUUCAAACGGUUGAUCUUUUUUUCCUGUAUUAAUAUUAUUAUUAAUUAUUAUUAUAAUGAGACACUGAGAGAACAGUGAGUUACAUUUUGCUUGUUCCCAUCUCUCUCAGAUGUUUUUCUUUGUUCUCAAUGAUGAAUUGACCAGUAAAUACUUGGUCAGUGUCGGCAGUCGGGCGUCCAGCAAGCCGCCGGUCCCAACAGUUCUCUGACAUUCUGCUAGAAAUGUUCGACUAGCAUCAAAACCAAGCUCAGCCCUUGUACUUUUACCCCCUGCGGAGGAAUCAAGUUUGUGUGUGGAUAGUGCACUUUUAUAUUAGCUGACCACGAUGAUUUACGAUGAUGAUGAUAGAAAACUCAUAAGCAUAUUUAAAAAUAUUUUUGUUACCAUUUGCAUCUUUGCAUUACAAUGUCGUUUCGUUGUGUUGUUAGUCAGAAGCAUAUCGAUCUGUAAGCAGGCGAGGUUGUGAUUAACGGCCGGGGAGUCAGGAUGUGGGGGGGGUCACACUGACCACAGGAAAUGAUGAGUCACUCAGAGCGAGGGGGAAGCGUCAGGGAGUGUGUUUUAUGUUGAAAAUUUACAGACCGAAAAUGUCUCACCGGCAUUUUGUUUCCAUUCACUAUGGCUGUGGUUGAGCUCCUGUUGUAACGGAUUUUAUUUAAUAUUUAUGUGACCUUCCAAUGAGAAAUAUUAGGGUGUUAUUGCACUUUUUAGGUUCAUUUUUACCGUCUGAAAAAAAAUAUAUGAUAUAUAUCUUUUAAUAGGGAAUUUUGCUUUAAAGAUGUUGUUUUAGUUCACUUUUGCUUUAAUGCACAAAUAGAUGUUAGUGUGACAAAGAACUGUCGUUCUGUGAUUUAUUUAAAGACUGGUUGUUUUUUUUUUGCUUCUGUGAUUCGACAGGUUUAUAGAAAAAAGAAAAAAAAAAGGAAAUGGGUGCACCAGAAAGACGGUGCGCUGAUGAGAAACACUAAUACGGACUGUGAUUUUAAAUGAAUUCUUAAGAAGUUCAUGGCAAUGCUCACUUACUGUAGUACUAAAUUAUAAAUCUGUCAAAGCCACCCUCUGGUUUAUAUUGAGCGAAUAUGUUCGACAGAGACGUGGACACACUGAUCAUGAAUUAUCUCCUGAGCUUGGCAUUUGAAAGGAACGAUCAUAAUAUAGGGAAUAAAUGUGUGUGUAGAUGAUAUUCCUCCAGAUAUUGUUUUGAGAAGAAAAAAAAGGUUGUACAGUAUUUUCCUCUGUAAAAAAUAACUAUAUAUGAACAAAAUGCUCUUUGAUGAACAGCUUCCUUUAAAAAGAAAACCGUUAAGAGGAGAAAUGAAUAAUAAAAAGUUAAAAAUUCAAAUAGCCUCAACAUAGUUUGCUUGUGUGCGUGACCUUUUUUAAGUACCCCAGAUUUUUUUGGAAAAGGUUGUUCCUACUGUAGCGUUGGCAGAUUCCGUUAUGUUUGCAGUAUCUUUCUUUUUCCAAACUAUGUCAGAAGCUCAAACUAAAAUACACUGAUUUUAAUUAAUUCAUCGAUGUUUCUGUUUUAUUUAAUAACUCGUUUUAAUCAUUGUCAUUUUGCUAUGUGUGCGCUUCUGUUUUGUUUUUCCUCAUGAAUUGAAAUUCUUGGUUUAUUUUUACUUUGCUGUGGGCAUGCCUCGUUCACAGACUGAGCUGUCUCCCGGGACGCUGCAGAGCAGAGGCGUCGCCACGUUUGUUUGGCUGCUCAUCAGAUAACUGUCGGGUCUGGGAGACAUUGUGCACUUGAAAUCAGUUUAUGUGUGUGUGCGUGUGUGUGUGUGCGUGUGUGUGCGUGUGUGUGUGUGUGUAAAAUAGCAGGAUUUGUAAAAAGUUGAAAAUAAAGAAACUAUAAUUGUUAUAACAAUACACAUGUAGUAAUUGAUAGUACUUCAGUCUGAGGACAUUUUGGGUCACGUGUGGAGGGGGAAAGGUGCUGCUGGACGCCAGCAGGGCAAAAGGUCACAGCAGCGAUCUCUCUGUCUCUUUUUUGUUUGUCUGUCAGUGACACUACUGAAGUGUGUGUGUGUGUGUGUGUGUGUGUGUGUGUGUGUCCUCCUUGAGAAAGACAGAUAGGCCACGGCUGUAAGAACACAGACCUGUGGCUCUGUCCCAGCUGCUCAGAGUUUCGAUUCAUAUUUCAUGACCUUGUGCGCCUUUUCCCUGCUUUGCUCCGCUUUAAACCCAACUGGGACACUUUUCUGUCACAGAAUUUGAUGAAAACAAACAAAAAACAAACAUCUGCAUUCAUGCAGGUAGAGGAAUCAACAAUAUUUGUUGUUGGGGUCGCCCGUUGUUCAUGCUUGACAUUCUGGUGCGAGAACAAGAUCAGAGCCGAGGACCAUUAGGGAGAUUUAGAGGCCUGCUACUGCUAACAAGAUGGCUCUCUGUGUCUUGUUCAGUGUUAACAGGGCACAUUUGUUUUUUUUAGUUCUGUUUUUUUCUUUUUUUUGCCUUGAGCCAUGUGCUGGGUUCUCCUCCCACUCCCUCAUGUCACCCAGUGGCCAGUGUGCUGGUUCUCUCUGUCCCUUCGUCUACAGCUGUUCCUGUCCUUCCUCCUUCUCUUCCUUGUGAUGUUUUUUUUAAUAAAAAAAAAAAAAAAGAGAAAAACAUUUCGGGUAAAGGCAUCACCAUCUGUCAGCCAGCUGGCAUCCUGUAUAUAAUCUACCAGAAAAAAAAAGAAUAAACAUGAAAAUUAUAUUACACAAAAACCAGACGGAAACGACCUCCAAACCCUGCAUAGGCUGCUGCCGAGACGACAGAUCAUUUUACUGUUUUAAUUAACCGAGUAAAAAGGAUGGUAUAAAAAAGUGGUGGGGAAAUAAACUGAGAUGUAUUUCUACUGCUGGGAAAAAAUGUAAUAUGAAAGCCUCCUGCUUACUGCAGCGUCCUGGAUAAACAGAGCAACAUUUUAGACUUUGUAAAAUAUAUUGCACUUUUGGACUAAAAGCCAUCUCCCGUUUGCGUUCAAUUUGGCUAGACUCAUGAGACAUUUUAUAUGAAAAGCAGACAAUGAAGCAAUUUUUUAAAAGUCUACUUGAAUUUGUUGCCCUCAGCACUACCAUUCAUUCUUGUCGUAUUGCUUAUUUCCACUUGGAUAACAGUGCUGUUCAUCUUCAUUGUGCUAUAUUUAUGUUUUUCUUCUGUUUCUGCAUGUCUUAUGCAAAGAUUGAGCUUUUCACUCAGUGAAAUAAAAAACAUAUUGAACGAC